UUCCAAAUUUCACAAACUUGGCUUUUCCUAAUACCAGGAAUGAGUUGUACUUCAAGAAGAGAGCUCCAGUUGCAGGGUCCAAGGCCCGCCCCUCUAAAGAUCAGCAAUACAUCAUCAAAGAUCAAGAAAACGAAGCUGAAUGCUAAAUCCCCGGUGGUGAUAUACGUCAAGUCACCGGAGAUCAUCCAUGUUAGGCCGGAAGAGUUCAUGGGGCUGGUGCAGAGUCUUACGGGGAAGGAUGGUCCAUCUUGUGAUAUAGAGGUGGAUGAAUCCAUGUCUAGGAGAGAUUUGGGUGCUGAAGAAGAAGAAACACUGAAGGUUGAUUAUGGUGAUCAAGGCGUUGGAAAUGGAAUGUCUCCUACUUGGCUUCAGUUCCUAACUUCUUGUGUAUAGAAGAAGAGCUAACAGGCAUUGAUGGAUUAAUUAGCUAGUGCGUAAGUGAUAUGUUAGUUUUUAUAUUUAUGUUGCAUUUUCCCUUUUGAACAAUGUGAAUUUUAGGGAUAGAAGAUUACAUUGAGAGUCAAACCUUCAUCUUAGCUAGGACCUUUUUGUGUAUCAAUUUACCUUUGUUUAUGGGAGGCUUUGUUUAUCACUACUUCAAGCAAAUCUUUUUAUACAAAAAUUUAUUUAAAAAUAUAAAAUUUUAAUUUUUAA